GUUACUCCCUGUAAACUCCAUUUAUGGUUAUAGCUAUCCGCCGGGCUAUUUCCCCCCACGGCAAGUGUUCGAAGCUUCCACUCCUUGUAUGUGUAUCGAGACCUGUGACUGAGCCCAGCGCAAUAAAUACCCACUCUCUGUUCUUUUGCUUGCUCCAGUGCCAUGACUGCUCCGGCUUCAGUUCUAAUCAUUACUGGAGAGUAUUCUCUCGUUCCCCCUGUCUCAGGUGCUCUGCUGCCAUAAAUUCUUUUUGUUGUCCUCCUCCAUAUAGGCGAAGUCUGUUGGUAGCCAUAAAUAUUUGCUUCUGCUUUUUGCCUUCCCUGGAUACCCAAAUCUUCUCUGCCAUUUCCAUAUUUACUCCUCUGGCCUUUGAUUGACCUCCGUUCAGGUGGUUUUGGCGGCGGAUUGGUUGAUCCACUGAUUUGCCCUUCUGUGCAAAUCUUCCUUUCAUUGGUCCUUGAUAAAGACUGGGGAAAAGCGGUUGACAAGAGAAAUUGAUUGCUCCAUAGAUGGCAGCUGUAGAGGCUCUGGUUUGAUGAGCUUGAAGGAUUGGAUCAGGAAGAAGGUAUGUAGAUCCAGAUAGUCGAGGGGGAGAGAAAGAGGAAAGAGAAGAGAGAGGGAAAGACAUGUUUUUGUAAGUUGCUCGCAUAUGUUGAAAUGCAUAAUGUCAGCGCCCCAGGUCCCUGAUAAGUGACUUGAUACUAGUGUCUCUUUGACAGUGUUUGUUUAGUGUUGUAAGGGCAAUAUACUUGAUGGAUGGAUCGUGUAAGGUGAAGUCCUUGGUGGUACGAAUAGAUCGCCAGUAGAUUCUGACAUACUUGGG